GCGUGCCUUGCUGCCUGUUUAGCUUGACGCCGCUCGAAAUGUCUAUUUUAGUUUGGAUCCCCACGGUCUGGAUGAAAACUUCACUUCUCAGAGAAAUGGGACGGCGAAACGCCAAAACCAUGAAGCUUCUGUGAACAGUGUUUGGGAGUAAAGCCGCCGGAGACUCCAGGAUAUCUUCUCUUUCAUUUAUUGGUCGAAAACUCACAAGAUGAUGUCCGACGCCAGCGAUAUGUUGGCAGCAGCCUUGGAGCAAAUGGAUGGGAUCAUAGCAGGCUCCAAGGCCAUGGACUACUCCAACGGGCUGUACGACUGCCAGUCGCCCACCUCCCCUUUCUUGGGUGGCCUCCGGGUGCUGCACCUGCUGGAGGACCUGCGGGGAGUCCUGGAGCUCAUGGACAUCGAGGAGAGGGACAACCUGCGAUGCCAGAUCCCCGAUUCCACUGCAGACGGGCUGGCAGAGUGGCUGCAGGGGCGAUUGACCAACGGCCACGGCCCAGAAGCCGUCUACCAGGAGCGCCUGUCGCGGCUGGAGAGCGACAAAGAGUGUCUUGUUCUUCAGGUAAGUGUCCUCACAGACCAGGUCGAGGUGCAAGGUGAAAAGAUUCGGGACCUGGACACCUGCCUGGAUCAUCAUCGGCAGAAACUGAAUGCUACUGAGGAGUUGCUGCAACAGGAGCUGUCGAACCGGACGACGCUGGAGACCCAGAAGCUGGAGCUGAUGACCGAGGUGUCCAGUCUGAGGCUGAAGCUGACGGCCGUGGAGAGAGAUCACAGGGACAACGAGGGCUUGUACCAGGAAGUAACGGACCUGCGGUUCAGGGUGACUGACAUCGAGAACGAACGACUGCAGUGUGAGAAGAAACUCAAAGUUACCAAAGAGGAGCUGCAGCUUCUGCAGAGGCAGCUGGAGGAGCGAGAGGAGGACCUGAGGAGGCUGAAGGACGAGAGCAGGCUGAGGGGGGAGAGCCACAGCAGCUCCGAGGGAGGAGAGAGAGAUACCGAAGUGAUGAAGAUGAAGAUGGUGUUGGAGUCACUGGCGUCGACCAACGACGUGAAGGAACAUCGGAUAAAGGAGCUGGAGGAGUCGCUCACUAAGUGCCAGAAAGUGCCGGAGCAGGUCAAAGAGAAGUUCAAUGAAGACGACUACGACGACAUCCCAGACGAUCCCUCGCUUUCCGUGUCCAUGGACGUGGACCAGGUCACAGCGGCGUUGGAAGGGGAGGCAGGAAGAAGCUCUGGCGAGUCCAUUCCAUGUAUAGCAGUGCUUUCUGAAAUGAACGACCUGGACAGAGAACAACAGUUACAGGCGUCCGGAAGUUUGUCAGACGUCCCACAGCCGGGCGGCUCAGGCACUGCGAGCAGCAGCAGCGAUCAGGCCAAAAAUAAAGCAGGACCCAGUUCCUCAUCUCCUUCCAGAGCAAGUGACGGGAGUUUCGGGACCAAGAAGGCCCGUUCCUCUUUCGGCCGUGGCUUCUUCAAACUGCGUGGAGGCAAGCAGACAGCCAGCUCUCCGAACCUGGCUGAGACGGAGCGUAAAGGCACAGAUCACCUGGACUUGGCCGGCGUCCCCCCGCGGAAACCUCACGACGGAGCCCUUCUGCCGUCCUCGCCGGAAACCAAAAAGAAGUCCAAAGGCUUCAGGAAGUUCUUUGGCAGACUAAAGAGGAGCCACUCCAGCUCCUUCAACCUCAACGAUGACGCGGAGAUGGAGUUCAGGAGGGGAGGAGUCAGAGCCACAGCCGGCCCUCGACUCGGCUGGUCACGUGAAUCUAAACACAAUGUGGUCGACGUUCCCUUCUCGCACUGGAGUAAAGACGAAGUGUGUGCGUGGCUGCAUCAGCUGGGCCUCGGCUUGUACAUCCCUCAGGGUCAGAGCUGGAUCAAAUCGGGCCAGACGCUCCUGAGGGCGUCGCAACAUGAUCUGGAGAAGGAGCUGUGCAUGAAGCACCCUCUCCACAGGAAGAAGCUGCAGCUGGCUCUGCAGGCUCUCGGGUCCGAGGAGGACGACCUGAAGGGCAGACUGGACCACAACUGGGUGACCCGGUGGCUGGAUGACAUCGGCCUGCCGCAGUACAAAAGCUACUUUGACGAGGCCCGUGUGGAUGGAUGCAUGCUGCACUACAUGACGGUGGAGGACUUGCUGUCUCUGAAGGUGGGCAGUGUUCUCCAUCACCUCGGCAUCAAGAGGGCCAUUCAGGUCCUCCGCCUCAACUGCUACGAACCCAACUGCCUCAGGCGACGACCCUCCGACGAGAACAACAUGACCCCAGCAGAGAUCUCCCAGUGGACCAACCACCGAGUGAUGGAGUGGCUGCGCUCUGUGGAUUUGGCCGAAUACGCUCCCAAUCUGAGGGGCAGCGGCGUUCACGGAGGUCUGAUGGUGUUGGAGCCCCGCUUCAACGUAGAAGCACUCGCCCUCCUGCUCAACAUUCCUCCCAACAAAACCCUGCUGAGACGCCACCUGGCGACGCACUUCCACCUGCUCAUCGGCUCCGAGGCGCAGCGGCUCAAACAGGACUGUCUGGAGAACCCGGACUACAUCGUCCUCACCGCCACCGCCAAGGUCAAGCCGAGACGCCUGUCAUUCGGGGGUUUCGGCACUUUGAGGAAGAAACGUCACGACGACGCCGACGAGUACGUCUGCCCCAUGAACGUGGAAAUGCCCAAGAGCAGCAGCUUCCAGGCGGGCGUCCGGAUCUACGAGGAACACCUCGACCACCUGGAGCAGAUGGAAGACUCCGAAGGGACCGUGAGACAGAUCGGAGCAUUUUCUGAGGAAAUCAACAAUCUAACGAGCAUGCUGAAGGAAGAUGAGUCUAUUCUGGAGAUUUCCGUCGACGCGGCAGAAAGCGACCACAACUCUGGGGUUUGAUCGAGGCUUCGCUUUGUGAAGAACGGAACAAACAACAGUCCAAAUCUGUGUGUUUUACAGCCAUAGCUUUCAUGACCAUAUAAAUAUAGAAUAUAUAUUUAUUAAAGCUGUCCAAAAUGUAAUGCAUGAACUGAAAAUGCAAGGUGUUAUUGCAUUAAUGUACCUUUUUAUUAUUGAAACAUUUGUAUUUUGUUUUCAGUAAUCGGCGAGGUAUUUCAUACUUAUGUUUUGAGUGCAGUAAGUUUUCAUGCACUCGGCUACAGUCAGAUUCCUUUUUGAAUGUGGUACGUAAAGCUGCUUUAAGAUCAUUUCAAUAAAAUUACAACCAUCCUCACAUUUAUUUCUAGUGGCAUCUAGCCACAUAUAGUUUGGGUUUUUUGUGACGCUCACAGCACUGAAAAUGUACUUUAAUUGUUUAAUAGCAGCUUAUCCUCCACAAAGUGUCCUUACACUUUUCAGAUCUGUGAGUUAUGAACGGUUUCUAUUGGCACUAUUCUUUUAUCGGUGCGUCACGCAGGAACCCAGAACAUUGUUACGGUUUUCAAUGCUGUGAGCACUUCACGUUAUUCCGUUCACCUUCGUGUUGGGGUCAAGGCAUACAUCUCAAAACCAGAAUGAAUUGGCUCGAUACCGCUAGAGGAUGUGAGAAAUGCUAAUAUCUUUAGUUUCCAUACCACUCGUAACUGCUUUAGGAAGCUACAACCCUUGAUUGAGUGAUUAGCUUAGUAUAAAAGACCUGAGGCCUGGCUCUAAAGCUCCGCUAUUAAUACUUCAUAAUCCAAACACCCCACAAAUUGACCAAAUGAGACGCAUCCUUAGUCAAUAAACUCCUGGCUUUAGCGCUAUACUAAUGAGUAUUAUUGAUCCUCUUGGCGUUUCUCCAAAAAGGUCAAACUCUUACUUUUAAAGAAACAGCGUGACUGAAAAAACAUGAA